UUCCUCUAUUUCUUUUGACAACAGGAAACUUGACUCUAUAUCAGAGAUGACCACCCCAGAGGACAUGCGGGCUCAUGUCAUGGAGACGUUGACGUUUCUGAACUCUCAGCUCCCUCCAGGAAGCCACGUGGUCCUCUACGGCCUGGCAGAUGGACGCUUUCUCUGGGAUCAUCUGCAUGACCGAUACCAUCCCCUGGGCCAGCUCAACAAAGAUGUCACCUACGGGCAGCUCUACGCCUUCCUCAGCUGCCUCCAGGUGAGCCCUUGCCAAGGCUGGAUGUCCUCCAAUGAGACUCUCCGGACUCUCACCUCUGAAAGAGCCAUAGAACUUUCCAACGUUCUGGAAAAAAUUGCAGCCAGUGAGAAAUUUGCCAACCUGAGUCUCCUCUACCUGGAUUAUCCUUUAAAAGAAAUGUCCGCAGAAUGGGAGAAGAGGGGCGGCGAGACCUGGCAGCUGAUCGAGCCUGUCGAUGGCUUCCAUCCCAAUGAGGUAGCUUCCCAGCUGACUGCAAAGAUCUUCUGGGAGAAAGUCCUCCGGCAAUGGCCCCACGUCCUUGGAAAGGAGAAUCCAUUCAACAAUCAGAUUGAGCACCUGUUUGGCGACCAAGGAGGUCACUGAGUGCCGGGAGCACCUCAGAGUGGAUUUUCUCAUAAAAACCAAGAAAUUCAGAA